UUUAAGAACAUUUUAUAGAAAAAUUGUACAAAUUUAUUAAAAAUUAAAGAAUUUUAAGAAUUGUCAUGAACAACAAGCCAUGGAGGGAAGCAGCAACAUUGAUUGUCUUUGCUAGAGAUCCAUCCAGUCGGUCCAAUUAUGAUUAUAAAAUCUUAGUCUUCACCAGAACUUUACACACUAGCGUCAGAUCAAAGAACCUCUCAUUCCCUGGUGGCUCCCUCGAUCCCUCAGAUGAAUCCUCAUCCUGGACAUCAUUUUUCAAGCACCACAAAGUUCCAUCCGAGCAACUUCGAAGACGAACGGAAGUCACAAAACCAUUCAUUUAUGAUCCACAAGGCAACAAUAAAAUUGAACGUGAAAUUUCACUCAGAUUGGCAGCAAUUCGUGAGACAUUUGAGGAACUUGGCAUUGCACUUUGCAGCCCAGCUUCAGACACAUCCAAAAGUAGUCCAUUUACUGAUUAUUUUCAUUCAAAAGACUGCGACAUUCCAUUUUGGCAGAAGCAGGUCCACAACAGUCAUGAAACUUUUAUGAAUUUUUGUGAUCAGUUAGGAGUUGUGCCCAAUAUAACCGGAGUUUAUGAAUGGUCAGUGUGGAUGUCACCUGUGUUUUCCUUAAAGAGAUUCGAAACUGCAGUUUUUGUGACUUUUUUGGAUUCAAUUCCGCCUUGUUAUCCUGAAAGCUAUGAGGUUCAGAAUUUUAUGUGGAUGACCCCAGAAGAAGCCAUAACAGCACAUCACCAAAAACUCGUGUGGGUUCCACCGCCUUUAUUCUACGAGAUCCACAGGUUCAUUAAUCAUAAAAGUAUAGACGAAAUUGCAGCAUUUGCAAAAUCUAGAAAUGGAUCAUCAGUUCCUGUAAUUCAUCCAGUCAGCUACUCUUUAAAAGACAGUUACACAUUUGUGUAUCCAGGAGAUGAUUUGUAUCCACAAGAUGUGAGCUUUUACAAGCAAAACUAUGAUCCUGAGAGGUUUAAGGACAAAACUUUUGAAGAACUCGAGAAUGAGUCAAAAAAUUUGUGCCGAAUUAAGUUGAAGAAGUUCAUGUUUGGGAUUAAAAUGUGCUGUAAUACUGAUGAUGGGUUGUUGCCAGCUAGGAGCUUGAUGAAUAAGGCUAAGCUUUAGUACUUAUUGGUUAGCAAACCAUAAAUGCUGAGGCUACAAGAUUAGAUGCUGUGCUGAGAUUUCUGGGUACUUAAAAGAGUCGUGGAUGAAAAAUUAUGCCAAUUUAAUUCCAUUUCUUUUUAUAAAUAAUUAAUUUAUGGUGAACAGUUUUGUGAUAUUUAAAAUAAUGAGGGACUUUGGUAUAGUCCAGAGGUGGUCAACUUUUUUUGUGUCAAGGUACAUCUUGGUUGGAAGCACAUACGGAACACGGUUCAUUGGGAUUCUCGAAUUUUUUCGUGACGCACUAGUGUACCGCGACACAUAGGUUGGCCAUCACUGGUGUAAUCAGACGGGUGAUGCUUUAGUAAGAAGCACAAAGGGAACACGGUUCAUGGGAAUUCUCGAAUUUUCGUGACGCACUAGUGUACCGCGGCACAUAGGUUGGCCAUCACUGGUGUAAUCAGAGGG